AUGACCAAGUCCGCCUCCACCACAGCGAAAUUUCCCAACCACACCGGGCAAUCGUUGCCGUCACUCGAGUCCGCGAUGUCAACACCACCGGACUACAACGGCGAUGCUGCUACAAAGGUGUUCGCGAUUCCCGAGCUCCUCGAACACAUCCUUCAUUGUGGUGUAACAAGCCAAUACAACAAAGCACUUGCCGACAAGAAGAUUCCGCAGCUCAAGAUGUGGCCUAUGCCAGGAUGCGGCACCAAAGACGGCAUUUGCCUCUUCACCAUCCAACGAGUCAGCAAAGACUUUCAAAACACAAUUCAAGGAUCAACGAAGCUGAAGAAGCUCAUGUUCUUAGCGCCGCAGGAAAACGACGAGCUGAUGGCCGAGGAGGAUUGGAGAGAAUUGGAGCUGCCAUACUUUGAGCAGCGUGUCUGGCUUCCUUUGCACAAGCCUCUCACCUGCAUCUUGGGGAUGUUCGCCUCGAUGGGAAAAGAAGACCUGAUAAAAUUUGGCUUCCAAACCAGAUACCAGUCCCAAACUGAGGGCGACUCAAUGGGCGUGUGGCUUAUGGACCCUAUUUUUCACGAAGAUACUGCACUCAGCGAAAUUGCAGCGAAGAAAGUUCCAAAGGGUUGGCAUAACCCCGAAGCAAGCUGGCGCAAGAUCAAGGUGUGCAAUGCGAAAGUCAGACAACCAGCUAAGCUGAAGAUUGAGAGCACUUGCUGUUGCUGUGACGAGCAUGACCUAGUGGACUUUGAGAUCACUCUGGAGCUCGACGAGGACUUGACUCUGGAGCAUAUUUUCGACUGCUUCAGUGAGCUGUUUACCAUAGCUGGAGACCAAUUGAAGAAGAGGGAGGAAUUUGACAACUUUGCCGGGGGCAAUGACCACGUUUUGGAGCAGUACCGACACAAGUUGCAAGAGCUGGAAGCUGAAUCGAACAAAGAGAUUCUUGCGCGGCUCCAGCAUAUCGUCAAAGGCUAG